ACCGAUCUGCUACUUACACAAUCCUUUCGUCCACCACAUAUCGCCAAAUACCCGAACCGUACCACCAUUUUUGCCCAACAAAACGCACGCACAGCCACAGCCUCACACAGAAGCAAAAACAAUGGCUGCAACCAUGGCGACUUCAUCAACUGUUGUUGGCUUGGGAACUUCUUCUCUUUCUUCCCCAUCUCACUUGUCCUCUUCGAAGAAACUGAACCUCAGCUCAGGAUUUCUAAAAUCUCCGGUAACUGCCAAGAAUCCUCUAAGGCUAGCACAAGCUUCAGGAGGAAAGUUCACAUGCUUUGAAAGAGACUGGCUUCGAACAGAUCUGAAUGUGAUCGGAUUCGGAUUGAUUGGAUGGCUUGCUCCAUCCAGCGUUCCGGUUAUCGGUGGCAAAAGUUUGACAGGGCUUUUCUUUGAGAGCAUUGGAACAGAACUCGCCCACUUCCCCACUCCUCCUGCCCUCACUUCACAAUUCUGGUUGUGGUUGGUCUGUUGGCAUUUGGGCCUGUUCAUCACCCUUACUUUUGGGCAAAUUGGCUUCAAGGGAAGAAAUGAGAAUUACUUUUAAAAUGGAUAUCAUCUGUAUCAAAUAUGUGUAUGAUAUGACCUUGUAAUCUUUUUUUUUUCAAACUUUAUUUCUUACCAUAUUCACUCAAUUCAGCAAAAAGCUAAUAAUAUUUCAUCUUAUAUGGUUAA